GUGGUCCUAGACCUACCGGACUGCAUUCGCAUGCGCGACGGUUUUCGCGGGACUGGAAAGUGCCCGGAUAGUUCUAGGAUUGAGUGAAUUGAGUUCUGCGUUGGCUGGCGAAGUGUCAACAUCAAGAUCAAGCUUUGGUAAGCUCCCGGCCUGUUUUCCCUUCUUUAGGCUAUGUUUUAAGGAAAUACAACAUUGGCGACGAGGAUGGGAUGCAAGCAAUGAAGUAUUGGCACUAUCAGGUGGAAUUGAUUGAAGCGAUACUGCCCAAGUUGGAAGAACGACAUGUACUGGUUAUUCAUUGUCGUGGAAUAGAGGGUGACUGUGGUACAGAAGCAUAUUUACUUCUUCUACAUGUUCUAAAGAAGUACGUUAGAUCACGUCACCCUAUACAUCUACAUUGUUUCACAGGUGACCAGUCUGUGCUCAAGAAAUGGUUGGAGACAUUUCCAAGGACGUACUUUGGCUUCACUAGUCUGGUGGAUUCCUUUAAUCGUGACCAGAUAGCAGCGCUACGAGAAAUUGAAGAGUCUCGUCUGCUUCUUGAGUAGCAACCCCACCUGAUAAGCCAUCGGUGUUCAGAAUUUGCCAAAAAAUCGAUACUAUGUUCAGAAAAUUGUUUUUUAAACAACUUAUUUUUCUAUUGACAAAAAUAAAACAAAUAUAUAAUUAAUCAGUAUUAAAUUAUCUUUCAUAUGAAAUAAAAUUCAUUAUUCAUUCAUAAAAUGUUUUUUAAACAUUAUCUGUUAAAGUUUACAUUCAGCGGUAUUUUCGGCCGAUUUUACGUUUAUUGACUGCUGCCACGCGCUGGUCACAUGUAGGGUGCAUGACCUUUUUCGCGGGUCAUUUGUUGCUAAUUAAUAUUCAUGAAAUUUUACAACCAAUCAGAAUUAAUUUUGCACUUCAUCCCGGAAAUUUCGUUUUGCAAAUAUGUUUACUAACAAAAAAGUUACGACGAUCCGAAGUUUUAGAUAAUUUACAUAAAAAUUAUCGAUAACUGAAAUACUGAUCAGCCAGAGUAAAACCAUUCAAUUGACGUGCCUUCACAUCAGAUACUAUUAUGGAAGCAGACAAUAUUGGACCAUUUUGUAAACAAAUUGGUUUACAUAUCAACUCACUUGAUGAAAUAAAUCCUUUGAGAAACAGUCACAUAUUAAAUGGAGUUAUUUUGGAACUGUUUUCGCAUUUUAAGAACUGCACAAAAAUUGUUGAUGUGUUGAUACGUUUAAAUCCCGAUUUGUCAGCUGUCAAUAUAAAUACAUUGAAAUCACGAAUAAAUUGUGUCAUUGAAAUAAAAAAAAAAUUGGUAUCGAAGAAAAAAGUAAAGGGCAUUACUUCUCUAGAAGACUUAAAAAGUCAAGUUUUUGAGAGUACAAGUAACAAGAAGUUGAAUCAAACACCCCGCAAAAAUGCACAGAACUCUUGUGAUGAUAAAUCUCCAAAUCGCCCCAAUAAACACAUGCACAGUCCCUGUCAAAGUAAAAGUGAAAAAAGCCACAUUGAAGAAGGAAAUGAACCCCCCCUUACCAAAGACAAUAUACCCCAAUAUGAUAAAGAGAAAACCCCUAUACAUGAGAAAGUCACAAGUCCCUGUAGUAAAAGUGAAAGAAAAGCCCUUAACUUGUUUGACUAUGAAAUCCAGAAAAAGAACAAAAACCUUCUAGGUAUUCUUCGUGAAGUUGAAACUGCAAAAGAACAGUUACAAACCCUCAAUAAUAGAAUAGGACAUUAUUCUGUUCGAAACGUAAAUAAGCGUGAUGAGACAGCAAAGAAAAACUUGCAUUUGCUCCGUGAUGCUCAAAGACAGCUUCUGCGGCAGAAAAAACAAAGUGAUAAUGAAAAUGAAAUAAGUGCCCAGCUAAAUGAGAAAGUGGAAUCCUUAAAAAUCAAUUCCAAUGUGGAAAUAGAUCAGCAUCAGCAAAAAAAAGUAAAUGCCCAAAAGACAGCUAGCUAUUAUAAAGUUAAAGCUUCAAAGUUAAGAGAAAAACUGAAGAGUGAUAAUUAUGAACCUGUAAAAACACUAAAAUCCAAACUCGCUGAAAAAGAUGCAAAAAUAGAUGAACUUGAAUCCAAUUUACUUCUGCCUUAA